AUGCGAAUCUCUUUUGCUCGAAUGCUAGUAGAAGUUAAUGUGACAAAACCUUUGCCAGAGGAAAUAGAAGUCAUCGACCCUAAAGGGAGAUCCUUUCAACAAGUAGUGAGGUACGAUUGGAAGCCAUUAUUUUGCAACAAAUGCCAAGUAAUUGGCCAUGUUUGUCCACCUGCACAAAGAAGAAAUGAUGCACAACAAGCAGAUCAGAAACAACACUCCAUUAUGCCAUCCUCAAGUGGAAUAAAGGUUGUAGAAACCACUCAUAACAAAGGGAAAGUAGUAUACGAUAUACCGGAACUAAGCUUGCAAGACUUUCCUGUCAUAUGUUCAGUACCAACCAAGAAUGGGUUUGAAUCGUUACAUAGAGGUUAUAGAGGAUCAAAAUCAGCACCUCCUGACAAAGAAGGGGGUGCAAAUAAGAGGUAUAAACAGAAGGAACUGAGGAAGUAUCUAAGGGAAAAAUACAUUACACUAGCAGGCCUGACUGAAACUAGAGUGAAAGAGCAUAAAGCUCAUAAUGGUUCUAAUGUAGUUGCUCCAAAUUGGGGACUUCAAAACAACUAUCAUAGUGCUAGUAAUGGCAGAAUCUGGAUGUUGUGGGAUACUAGCAUCUAUAUUGUUGAUAAACUGAGAGAGGAUACACAACUUUUACACUAUCAGAUUACUAUGAAAGCAACUGCUAUAACAUGUGUUCUAACUGUUAUCUAUGGUUAUAACACAUGUGAACAAAUGAGAACCUUAUGGGAUGCACUGAAAGAAAUAGCACAAGGCGUAACUAUACCAUGGUUGAUUUGUGAGUAUUUUAAUGUGAAAGGGGAAUACUACACAUGGACAAACAAACAACAGAGUAGUGAUAGAAUAUGUAGCAGGCUUGAUAGAGCAUUUGGCAAUCAUGAUUGGAUGAUGCAAUGGGGUCAUGUAGUAAUGGAGUAUGAUGUACCUUUAAUCUCAGACCAUACCCCUAUCGCGCCCCUUUUUCUCGCAAAAUCGGGCUUCGACAAGUGA